AAUCGAUCGUCUGCUCCUGCGACAAGUCCGGUCUUGAGCCAUAUCCACACACUGCGAUCUUCUACAUACCAAUGCCGUUUCUUACGACGCGCGACCGUCGGCAUGGCCCACCGUAUCCUUUUCUUCCUCUACUCAUCGUUUACAUCUUACAGACGUCUUCUUUUCUGGUCGUGAUCCCUAUCGUCUCCUACAUGGUAUUCCACCUCCACAACCGGCAUCUCUUCUUUCACCUCCUCUCUGCAGCCGCUUACUUCACCGUCCUGCAGCUACUCGCUGUAAACAUCCUCUCCUGCUUUUGUCGCCUUCCUCCAGUAACGCGCUUCGUCAUCAACGCCAUUGGCUGCGUGCUCUGGGCCGCUGGAUUCUUCACCAUGGCGGCCUACGACGUGAGGCAGAAGCUUCUGGUACGGUGCAGCGGACAUUUCAUCUGCAGCCUCUAUAAGCUGCUAUUCGCGUUUGCAGCUGUCGGGUUGUAAGCCUGCCCAUUUAGCACUCCCUUGUUGCAUUGUACCUGACAGGAAACAGGAUCGCUGCUAUACUAGCUGUUCUGUUGGAAUUUUACGUGUUGAGGCGCGUCCGGUCGGGAUAUAAGAACAUCAAGAACCAGGCGGACGGGGAGCAGGAGCUCCCGCAGGGCUAUCACCUAUUUCAUGUAAGGCAACAGAGGGGAUAGAAGGCUGGAGGUAGAGAUACAUACGGUGACGUCCAAACUUGGGAUUGAAGGAAUAGUAAAGGCUGA